AUGUCAUCUCGUGCACAGUGCGUCACCUCGCUCCUCAGUCGUUGGUUCAGCUCUUUCCCCAAACCUGUCUUGCCAACGCUCCUCGCCAAUUUCUCUCCAGUAGACGACGACGACGACGACAUCUGUGUGCACUUCGGACGGGGUCACGAGUGUCUCCUUGCAUUAAACUCAUGCGGGAAUGUCAGGUGUCGCGUGGUAAUUCGCAAACAAUAA